AUGGGCGAAAACCAGCCUACAGCCGCCGCCACGGCGUCGCAGCCGGCGCCCACGAUGCAGAUGUACAGAGAGGAGCAGGCUCGUUUGAGGCAAAUGCUGGAUAAGAGAGCUGUCAUCGCCAAGAAGCUUGCCAAUAUCGAGGCCGACAUCGAACAGAAGGAGACGGCAUACCUCGAGAGCACCCCGAACGGGAACAUCAUCGCCGGGUUCGACAACUACAUCAAGGGUACGGGCGCAGCUGCCCACCGCCGCAAGGCUGGCGCCACAGAACAAAACCGCGUCUUCUCGCGAUCGUCCCUCUCGUAUCGUCCUGGCAGUGAAGCCACGACGCCCGGCUCCACUCCCGCAUCCCACGCGCCCACUCCCUUGUCUACCUCCUUCAAGGACGGCUCCGGCUCCAACCACGCCACGCCAACGUCAGCGACGACUUCCAAGUCGGGAAAGAAGAACAAGAAGCAGAACGAGGACGACAGCGACCACGACUCCCAGGCCCCGAAUAAGAAACGUAUCAACUUUGGAGCCGGGCGCAAGUGA